ACUGCUUUCCAUUGAUGUUUUGAUUCGCGCGAUCAAUCCUCCUUUCAGCCUCCAAUAUUCGAGGCUCAGAUAUGCUACCAGAUCGAAAUAUUUUAUUAUAACAACAAUGGGGGAUACUCAGAAUCAGCCAACUGGAAAAAAGGAGUUCGCAGUCAUUGCUCCCAAAAGCAGAAGACAAAAGACUACGAGAAAACUUCAGAAAAUUAGGUUCAAGAGAAGUUUAAAUCCAAAUCGUAGCUGGGGAUCAUUGGGGCAUGAUGUCUCAUCCAUGUAUGAUAUGAAACUGGCAAAGCUGAGGAGCAACAACCGAGCCCUCGCGAAAGCUUUAGCGUCACAGAAAAUUGAAACACAACACUGGUAUAAUAAAGUGAUUUCACUGAAAGCAGAGUUACAAGAUGCCCAGGAAUUACUCCGAAGUGGUAAUACAGAUAAUGAGGCAGCAAUUGAACGGGAGGUGGAACUGCGUCUAAGAGAAUACAGUGAACCAUUCAAUGCUGCCAUUAGUGAGUCCAUGCAAAAUGUACUGGUGGUAGUGGAGAGUCUGACCAAGUUAAAAGGCCUGGCUGGAGGGGCUCUGAAGAAUCGCCGCAGCCGUUCCUCAAGUACAUCCCGCAAAUCCUCAUCUGCCUUCUCAUUACCACGAACAUCAGGUUCUAGGUUACCAUUAGCUCCUACAGGAAGCAACAGCUCUCCACGGCAGAGUGUGGUGCUCCCUAUGGUAGGAGGUCUAGUACUUCAGCCAGCAAGGGUUGCUAUUCCCAAGUUAGAUCUUACAUGGAGAAGAAGAUUACAGGAAAGGUUAGAAGCACGCCAGGACCUGGACUUGAGCAUCAUUGGUGAACAGUCAAUAAAUCAGGAAGAAGAAGAGAUCUCAAGCCAGAAUGAUACACAAGCUCAAAAUAAUUUUGACCUUAACUUGUCAAGUAGAGUUGAAGAAUCCGAAAAUUCAGAACUUGAAAACCGUUCAUAUGAUGAUAGCAUUGCUAGUCAGAACUUGUCAGUGGAUGAAGUGCAAACUCCAGAAGAAUCAGAAGGUUCACAAAGGAGGAGGAGACCAGCAGUGAAUAAUACUCCAGAAAGUCCAAGAGGGAGUGGUAGAAGAGGUGGCAGAGGCCGAGGGAGAGGGAGAAGCGGAAACGCCUCAAAUGCUCGAAGGAACUCUCCUGCUACCACCAAAGAAAAAACAGAUACCACAUCCAGUACAGAAGUUCAGGUGAAUAUUUGGCAUCCUUAUAACUUAGUAAAUGUACAAGGGUAUGCGGACCCCAGUUUGGAUGACACUGGUCUAUAUGGUGUCAAUCUAGUCAGCCAUUUACUUUUCUUUGGCUGA